AUUUUUUAAGAAUUGUCAAUGUAGUCGUGCUUGUGCUGCUGUCUAACGUUUCUCAGUGCAAUGGCCAAAAAAAUACCAUUUAAUGUGGUAUUUGCAUCAGACGAGGAUCCCAAUUAUCCGGCGAGCGAGUUAAAUACACAUGGACCGACUGUGCACGGUUGGCGCAGUGCAGCGGAUUGUUCGUUAAAGACACACGACAUCAUAAUGCGUUUUCACCAACCGGCCAAAAUUUAUCGAAUUCAACUUUUAGCCCACCAGUAUCUUAUACCCGAAAAGGUUGAACUUUGGCUGCAUUAUGCACCUAAGUCGAUGCCUAGCACACCAUCCUCCCAAUACUUUGACUUUCUUGGCUUUGUUGCGCUCUCCGAUAAUUCGAGCACAAAUUUUAAAUCCCGGGAAUUACAGAGCGUUACCGUCAGUCCACGUCGAGGCACGCAUUUGAAGCUGCGCCUGAUCGGUGCCCAGCCCAAUGAGUUCAAUAGCAGCGAACAAAUUGCUUUGUUAGCAGUCAAUGUGCUGGGUGGGGAUUUGGAGCAGACGGCGCUUAAUAAUAACAAUGGCAACGGGGAGGAUCAGCAACUGAGCAACGAAGGUCCACCGUUGGACACGGCCACAGGUGAACUGGCGCUGGCAUCCAUAUGUGAUGAUCUGCUCUUUUCCAUGUAUGUCGAGGACUCCAUUGUGCAGUACAUACGGGAGUUGGAACAGCGAAAAGCGCAGGCUGUCAGUGCCGAACGCUUUGAGUAUGCUCGGAAACUGAAGCUCUGCAUGACUGCUCUGCGAACGGCGGGCGAGCGGUUGGGUCGCUAUGCGCUGGCAAAACGCCAGGCCGUGCAACAAGAAGAUUUUACUACGGCUCGACUGCGAAAGGAGCAGAUGGAAAUGUAUAGGGAGUCGGUGCUGAAGCAAUUACAGGUGCAACACCUGCUUGAGACGCAAGGACCGGACACUAGCAAUGAUCAAAGCUGUGAGGUGUAUGCCUGCAAGCCGACGCUUCCCAUUGCACCCAGUUUGCAGGAUGUGGCGCAUGCAUUGGCCGAAGCGGCCAUGAGUCCUAAGAGCAACGCCACAACCACCACCACGGAGGGUGACAAAUCCUCAACGGAUGGUUCGUUGGGCCAAGCCAGUGUGGAGGCCUCACCGGCGGCGGCUCUGCAUGCCACGCCCUCCUGUUGGCGCAAAUCACAUGACGAGCUGCCACAAUCGCCACGCAUGCCAUCGCGCCAUAGCUCCCCAAUGUCCAGCCGACAGGGCUCUUUAAGGCGUCGCAACAAGAGCGCGCCACGCAAUUCCUACGAGGAUUACGAAGAGCGUGCCAUUCCCACGCUAAGGCAGGAGUGUCAGGGUAACGCGCUCCUCGAUGCUGAUCCAAAUCGUGGUCGCUCAAGGCUAAAUGAGCGCGAGCGACGCCAAGCAGCAUUGCCAAUUCUUGUGUUUGGCAGUGAAUUGGUGGAACAAUUUUACUCGCGACAGUUUCAAGAUCGCGAGGACGGUCUGAUGAGGCUGCGCAACUUUCUCAAGGAGCAGGAAUUGGUAGCUGCCGCAAGCAAUGAGCACGCAGCCAGUCCAAAUAAAGUGGCUCGUAGCGCAGCUCUUUUGCUACAUCGUGCUGUUCGGGAUGCCGUCUUUUCAGUUUUCAAUCAGGCCACUGAAACUGUGCGUGUUCUGUUCCUCGAAUACGUGCCAGGUCGCGUGUCACCCAGUGAAGUGGCACGAUGUGUGGAUCGUUUGUUGCCGGAGCUGUUGGCCAAGUCGGGCGAUCCUUCGGCCCGCGUGCACACUCUUGCCCAGCACACCAUACUGAGCUGUGCAGCUUGCCCAGAGGUGGCGGAACAGCAUUUGGUGGCACCGGCGUUGUCACGCAGCGUGGGAUCAGGCACACACCCGCGGCUGGCGCUGAGUCGCAUGCAAAUGUUGGAGCAACUGGUGCUUAGUCAGGGCAUUAGCACAGACAAGCACAGCGGCUUGACCUGUCGCGCCUUGUCGGAGUGUGGAUGUUCGGGCAUUCAUCAUCCCGCAGAGCCAGUGCGUAAAGUGGCCGAGCGGAUUCUGCUAUUGGUCUACAAAGUGAAUCCCCGGCUGGUGCGCAAGCAGCUGCCGCCAGACGAUGACAUCACACGUCGCAAUCUGCUGUAUCGCCAGCUUUUCACCGAAUUCGAUAAGCUCGACCUGGAACGCAAGCAGGAGCUGUUGGAGGGCAAUAAAUAUAAUUCCAGCGAUGCAGCCACACCACCAUCUAAUCGGAAUGCCAAUGAAUUUCUGCAGCUGGGCCCUGGAAAGGCUGGGCCUGCCGACUCGUCGCGACUGCUGAAAAGCAAGAGUGGACAGGCGCUGGGCAAUGUGGCCAGCACCAGCAAUGGUUAUGUGAGCGGCGCAAACACAUGCAAUGGCAAGCAGCAGUAUAAUGAACAACUGAAGCGUUCCAUGUUAUCUGCCAGCAACUCGCGUAAGGGUUCGGCAUCUAACUCGGAGUCCACAGAGGAAACAACACCAAAGAUACGCUGUCCUUUUUGCGACUGGAGCUGUGCAGGCGGUGAUCCUACCCAGCUGGAUCGUCACUAUUGGAAGGCGUGUCCCUUUCUCACAAAGUGCCCGCAAUGCAGCCAAGUCCUGGAGGUGGCUGCACUCAAUUACCAUUUAACUACCGAAUGCGACGCCAAGGAAAGUUAUGUCGUCUGCGUUCGAUGCACUGAGUCCGUGCACAAGCAGCUAUACGAGCUGCAUCAAAUGGAGGACUAUUGUCGAGAAUUAAAAACUGGAGCCGCGCGCUGUCCACUUUGUCACGACGAUGUUCAUCUACCUCUUGAUGGUGGUUGGAAGAUACACUUACUUGGACCCAGCGGUUGUCCAGGCAAUAUACGUAAAAAGAUUUUAAAGAAAACCAACUAAACGUUUGUUAGUGAGCUUAUGUUGUAGGAACAUACUCGUCCGCAAGACGGCGGCAUUAUUUGUAACUCCAUUUGUGUUACAGUUUAUUUUUGGCACAUUUUGUUAUAUCAGUAGUUAAUUUGACAUGUUUUGUUAUCCGUACAUCAUUAUGUUUCGUAUGCAAUGUGAUUUGUUAACACAAUGUGAAUUACUAAAACGUCCUACAAUAAAUAAUACCCAUUUAACUUAAA